AUGGCUGUCUCCUUGCCACCCACCUUGGGACUCAGUUCUGCCCCUGAUGAAAUUCAACACCCACAUAUUAAGUUUUCAGAAUGGAAAUUUAAGCUAUUCAGAGUGAGAUCCUUUGAAAAGCCACCUGAAGAAUCUCAAAAAGAGAAGAAAGAUUCCUCUGAGGGGAAACCCUCUCUAGAGCAAUCUCCAGCAGUUCUGGAUACGGCUGGGGAUCAGAAGUCAGUCCUGCCUCAGCCAGCCUUGAAGGUUCACCCAAAGUUUUCAAAGCGAUCUCAUGACAAUGGGAAAGCAAGAGACAAAGCAAUUCACCAAGCCAAACUUCGACACUUCUGCCGCAUCUGUGGAAAUCCUUUUAAAAUUAAUGAACACAAGAGGAGAUACCCAGUCCAUGGGCCUGUGGAUGCUAAAACCCAAGGCCUAUUGAGGAAGAAGGAAAAGAGAGCCACUUCCUGGCCAGACCUCAUUGCCAGGGUUUUCCGGAUUGAUGUGAAGGCAGAUGUUGACUCAAUCCACCCCACUGAAUUCUGCCAUAACUGCUGGAGCAUCAUGUAUAGGAAGUUUAGCAGUGCCCCAUGUGAGGUUUACUUCCCAAGGAAUGCAACCGUGGAAUGGCGCCCACACACGCCAUCCUGUGACAUCUGCCACACUGCCCAGCAGGGACUCAAGAGGAAGAGACAUGAGACAAAUGUGCAGCUCAGCAAAAAAAUCAAAAUUAUGCUUGACCGAGCGAAGCAAGUCCGUCAACACAAGAGAAGAGCUCAGGCAAGUGUCAGCAGCAAGGAAGUCAUGAAGAAGAUUGCUGACUGCAAUAAGAUACAUCUCAGUACCAAGCUUCUGACAGUGGACUUCCCAGCACACUUUGUGAAGUCUAUCUCGUGCCAGAUUUGUGAGCACAUUCUGGCUGACCCUGUGGAGACCAGCUGUAAGCAUGUAUUUUGCAGGGUCUGCAUUCUCAGAUGCCUCAAAGUCAUAGGCAGCUAUUGUCCCUCUUGCCGAUAUCCAUGCUUCCCAACUGACCUGGAGAGUCCGGUGAAAUCCUUUCUGAGCAUCCUGAAUUCCCUGAUGGUAAAAUGUCCAGCAAAAGAGUGCAAUGAGGAAGUCAGUUUGGAAAAGUAUAAUCACCAUGUCUCAAGUCACAAGGAAUCCAAAGAGACUUUUGUGCAUAUCAAUAAAGGGGGCCGGCCUCGUCAACAUCUCUUGUCACUGACCCGGAGAGCUCAGAAGUACCGGUUGAGGGAGCUCAAGCAGCAGGUCAAGGCAUUUGCUGACAAAGAAGAAGGUGGAGAUGUGAAGUCUGUAUGCUUGACCUUGUUCCUGCUGGCACUGAGGGCAAGGAAUGAACACAGACAAGCCAAUGAGCUGGAGGCUAUCAUGCAGGGACGGGGCUCUGGCCUGCAGCCAGCUGUUUGCUUGGCCAUCCGUGUUAACACGUUCCUCAGCUGUAGUCAGUACCACAAGAUGUACAGGACGGUGAAAGCCAUCACAGGGAGGCAGAUUUUUCAGCCAUUGCAUGCCCUUCGAAAUGCUGAGAAGGUCCUUCUGCCAGGCUACCAUCCUUUUGAGUGGCAGCCACCUCUGAAGAAUGUGUCCUCCAGCACUGAUGUUGGCAUCAUCGAUGGGCUGUCUGGACUUUCCUCUUCUGUGGAUGAUUACCCAGUGGACACCAUUGCAAAGAGGUUCCGCUAUGAUUCUGCUUUGGUGUCUGCUUUGAUGGACAUGGAAGAAGACAUCUUGGAAGGCAUGAGAUCCCAAGACCUUGAUGACUACCUGAAUGGCCCUUUCACUGUAGUGGUGAAGGAGUCUUGCGAUGGAAUGGGAGAUGUGAGCGAGAAGCACGGGAGUGGCCCAGCAGUUCCAGAAAAGGCAGUUCGUUUUUCAUUCACAGUCAUGAAUAUCACCAUAGUGCAUGGCUCCCAGAAUGUGAAGGUGUUUGAGGAAACCAAACCAAACUCUGAAUUGUGUUGCAAGCCAUUGUGUCUUAUGCUGGCGGAUGAGUCUGAUCAUGAGACCCUGACUGCCAUCCUCAGCCCUCUCAUUGCAGAGAGGGAGGCCAUGAAGAACAGUGAAUUGAUGCUUGAGAUGGGAGGUAUCCUUAGGACUUUCAAGUUCAUCUUCAGGGGCACUGGAUAUGAUGAAAAACUUGUCCGGGAAGUAGAAGGCCUGGAGGCUUCUGGCUCAGUCUACAUUUGUACACUUUGUGAUGCCACCCGCCUGGAAGCUUCUCAGAAUCUUGUCUUCCACUCCAUAACCAGAAGCCACGCUGAGAACUUGGAGCGCUAUGAGGUCUGGCGUUCCAACCCAUUCCAUGAGUCAGUGGAAGAACUGCGGGAUCGAGUGAAAGGAGUCUCGGCCAAACCUUUCAUUGAGACAGUCCCUUCUAUAGAUGCACUUCACUGUGACAUUGGCAAUGCAGCAGAGUUCUACAAGAUUUUCCAGCUAGAGAUAGGAGAGGUGUAUAAAAAUCCCAGUGCCUCCAAAGAGGAAAGGAAAAGAUGGCAGGUGACACUGGACAAGCAUCUCCGGAAGAAGAUGAACCUAAAACCAAUCAUGAGGAUGAAUGGCAACUUUGCCAGGAAGCUUAUGACCAAAGAGACUGUUGAGGCAGUUUGUGAGUUAAUUCCUUCUAAGGAGAGGCAUGAAGCUCUCAGAGAGCUGAUGGACCUUUACCUGAAAAUGAAACCUGUGUGGCGCUCAUCAUGCCCAGCUAAAGAGUGCCCAGAGUCUCUCUGCCAGUAUAGUUUUAACUCACAGCGUUUUGCUGAGCUCCUCUCUACCAAGUUCAAGUAUAGAUAUGAGGGAAAAAUCACCAAUUAUUUUCACAAAACCUUGGCACAUGUCCCUGAAAUUAUUGAGAGGGAUGGCUCUAUUGGAGCAUGGGCGAGUGAGGGAAAUGAGUCUGGUAACAAACUGUUCAGGCGUUUCCGGAAAAUGAAUGCCAGGCAAUCCAAGUGCUAUGAAAUGGAAGAUGUCCUGAAACAUCACUGGUUGUAUACCUCUAAAUAUCUCCAGAAGUUUAUGAAUGCUCAUAAAGCUUUAAAAACCUCUGGGUUUACCAUGAACUCAAAGGCAAUCACAGGGGACCCAUUAGACAUAGAGGACUCUCUGGAAAGCCAAGAUUCAAUGGAGUUUUAA